ACUCUUCUGUGUCUGAGGUAGAAAAGUCUUUAUUUCCGACAGACGAGGGAGGCACGUGUGAACUGUUUACAUUUACAGUUGUGAUUUAAAACCUAACCAUGGCCGAAUUUGUACAACAAAGCAUGGAAGAGCUCAUUCCAGAGCUUGACCAAAUGGAGAGAAUAGGACUGUUCGAUAAAGAAGAGACAAAUCAGAUAUUAAAGAAGAGGAAAGCCCUGGAGUAUAGAAUGCGUAGGAGAACAAAACACAAAGAGGACUAUCUACAGUACAUAGAGUAUGAAAAAAAUGUCCUGGAACUAAUCAAAAGAAGAAGAAAGAACACCGGGAUUACUUAUAAGAAGGUGGAUAUUGAUCUUGCCAUUGUUCAUAGAAUUCACAAGCUUUACAGGCAACUGAUAGCCAGAUUCCAGAGUGAUGUGGAGCUAUGGUUGUCACAUAUCAGAUUUUCUCUGAUGAGGAGAGAAAAAGCCCAUGUCAGUAGAAUAUUUUCUAAAAUGCUUCAGUUCCACAGCAAGAAUGAAGAUCUGUGGAUAGUGGCUGCUAAGUGGGAGUUCGAGAACAACAAAAACGUAGACAACGCCAGAAACCUGAUGCAGAGAGGACUGAGAUUUAACCCUGCCUCCAAGUCACUCUGGCUGGAGUACUACAGAUUAGAACUGUUGUUUGCAGAAAAGCUAAGGAAAAGAAGAGAAUUGUUUCAAGCAUCACAAAUGGAGACGGAAGAAUCCAGUGAGAUAUUAGACGGAAUGAUAGCUCAGAUUGUCUACAGUAAAGCCCUGGAGGCCUUUCCUGGAGACUUGAAGUUUGCUCUGUCCUUUUUGCCGAUUUGUAGAAUGUUUGAUUUCAUGUCCAAACAAGAGGAUGGCAUGUUUGAAAGUCUGGAUACACUCUACUCACACGACCCCUACCUGUGGGAGGCUAAGGCCAGGAGACAGCUAGAGAAAGACCAGGAAAAUCCCCUGGAAAUGUUUCAUAGUGUUUUUGAAGAAGGCACUUCAAAGGUGAAAGACGAGGAGAUCUGGAGCCUGUACAUCGUGGCUUGCUUUGAGAUCAUCGAGAAAAGGUCACCUCUAGAUGAAGAGUCUAUAGACAUUAGUCAGGAGACUGGCACGCUAUUGGAGAUAUUCAAUACUGCAGCAGGAAAAACGUCACUCUCUACAGACUUGUACAAAAAAUGGGUCAAGCUUUUGCUUAACCUUGGAGAGGUCACACAGGUAGAACAGGUUCUGAAGGCUGCAGUCUCAGAACAUCCAACAUGUAUGUUACUAUGGAAACAAAGACUGGAACUCAUGAUAAAAACCAAUUUCCCAGAGGACAUUGUUUUGAAGACCUUCAAGAAGGCAAGGAAGAAGGUGCCGGAAAGGGAGAGUCAACCACUGUGGAAUCUGGUGCUGGAAUUUUGUGCAACCUGCAACAGAUCAGAAACUGAAGACUUAUUUGAGUUAGGAAUAAUGGCCUGUCGAGAAGUCUGCAUGCCUAUCAAAGAAACCUACCUGCAGUGGACCUAUCUCAAGAAUGGGGUCAAGGCUACUCGACAGCUCUAUACUAGGCUGCAGCAUUUGAAGCCGCUGUCUUUGAAUUUUUAUCAUCUAUAUAUCCAUGUGGAGAAAUCACAGGCAAAACAGAAGAUCAAGUUCUUGAGAGCAGCAUAUGAGGAUGCCAUAAAAGACUUUGGAACUUCAGUUGCAGAUAUCUGGAUCGAGUACAUCCAACUGGAGUCGGAACAUCCGGAUGGAAAUGUGGAAAAAGCAGCACAGAUCCACUUCCGAGCUCUUCGAUGUUUGGAAGGAGAGCAAAAUGAGAGAUUCGUUACAAAACACACACUAAUGCAGACUGGACAUCUUAAAUAAAAGAGGGACAUUUCCCGGCAUAUACUAUUGUACUGGAUAAUAAAUACAAAUGUGAAUUAUUCAGAUACUUUGAAGGAAGAAAUGAUAAAGUGUAUGUUAAAGCUAAAGAAA